AUGUCUAUAUUCCCUUUAGGCUUAAUUUUCGUGAUUGACAGUAACGAUCGUGAACGUGUUGGUGAAGCACGUGACGAACUUCAACGUAUGUUAGCUGAAGAUGAACUUCGUGAUGCCGUUCUCCUCAUAUUCGCCAACAAACAAGAUUUACCUAAUGCGAUGAAUGCGGCUGAAAUCACCGAUAAAUUAGGUCUUCAUUCAUUGAGCAAUCGUAAUUGGCAUAUUCAAGCCACAUGUGCCACCAGUGGUGAUGGUUGCUAUGAAGGUCUCGAUUGGCUUUCAAACCAAUUGAAAAAUGCCAAAUGA